AUGCUGCAGGAUCAACCAAAGGACAUAGACGACCAUCAGCGACGCAAAUAUCUACAAAAGCACCAGUAUAUGGGGCAAAGCGAGGGACUGCGCGAAGAACGCGAACUACCAGAUCGAAACACUUAUCAGGAGGGCGCCAGGCGACAGAGGGAUCAACAUGGUGGGCGUGAACCAAGACAGCAGGAGCUCGACCCAGGCGAAGUUCUAGCCGAAUCGUGCCUGCCAUACCGAUCGGAUGUCGGCGAGAAGCGCCGUCCGAGUCGCCAGCCUGAAGAGCGAGGGCAUCGACCGCGCCAGACUCAACUUGAUCAGCGCAAGCUGGUGAACCGUCACGGCCCACAGCAGCUGGUGACGAUCGAGGAGAGACAACGGGACCCGCCGUCUCACGAGCAACAGGGUGGACCACGCCUGCCUCCGUCGGACCACAGCGGGGGCCAAGAUCGCAACGGCCAGCAGAAUCAUCAAUUUAACGAGCAGCGGCGGCUGAUUCCAUCGACGCAGGAUCCGUCCACUAUUGCGCAGGGGAUGGACGAUGAGCUGUUGUUUAUUCACCCGGAGCAGGAUCAUUCGUUCAUUCGGCCGCAAGAAGAGCACUCAUUUAUUCGACUACAGCAUGAGCGGCGAUCAACCUCACAGCAACAUGGGACCGACCCCAGCCGCGACAAGUGGCCGUGCCAGCGACGCCGUGUUCCUCCGCUGCGUGAGCGGGAGCCCAAUGCACGAGGUGGUCAUGAAGGACAGAGACGGUCAAGACAGAACAACGUCGGGCAGAGGGAUGAUGAACGUGGUCAGCAGCGAAUGUAUCUGUACAAGUACAUUACAGGCGUCCGCUACUCACCAGCAGGUGAACUACAGGCGCAUGUCCAAUGGGAACCUACCUUUGAGCCACUUACCUCAUUACCGCUUGAGCUGGCCAAGAGCUACCUACCUAUACUGCGAGUACGGCAAGCGCUUCCAGACGGCGACGAACCUUACUACCGUAUCAGAGGAAUUCUCGGUAUUGACUUCACCAACUCCAACGAACUUCGCGUGCUUGUUGAUUGGGAGGGCACGUGGGAGCCACUAUCGAAUCUGAAGCCGGAGCACGCCCAACAGCUGGAACACGAAAUGCGUCGAUUUCGUCACCAUAUCCGCGAGGAGAUAAAGUAUCCAUUGUUCCGUCGCAUCGUAAACGAUAACUAA